AUGUGCUUAACCAAGCUUACUGCGUCGGCCCCCUCGAUUAGCCCAGGGGGCCCGACGAGGACUCCAACGAGGGAAGAUGGCCCGGAAGAAGAAACAUCCGAUGAAGAUGGAGUGCGGUUUAUAUCAGAAUUGGGGAGUCUCGCUCUGCCGCCAUACCCAGGCACAGAAAGCCACAAGAAGCGCAUUAUUGGGUGCUCGAUCACCUACGUCUAA